AUGUCUGCCAAUGAAUUCCACGGACCCAUUCCAGGUUCCUUAUCGAACAUCUCCAGAAUUGAAUCCCUCGACUUAUCGAAAAAUAACUUCGGUGGUUCAAUUCCUUCACUCGGAAGCAUGCAUGAUCUUCUCUGGUUGAAUCUAGCCAAAAACGCUCUCACUUCCACCACUGAUAUCAUCGGUCGUUUUUUCGAUUCUCUUACAAACUGCACCCACUUGGAGGUGUUCUCACUGACUACCAAUCAAUUAGCAGGCCAGCUCCCAACUUCGACUGGGAAUCUCUCCGCCCAUAUCGAAAAUUUUAGUGUGGAUGACAAUCUCUUUUCAGGUUCCUUCCCACAUGGCGUCCAAAACUACCGCAACCUAACAACCUUAGAUCUGCAAUUGAAUUCCUUCACGGGUAGCGUCCCCGAGUCCAUUGGCAUACUCCACAAACUGCAGAGACUCUCCCUCGAAGAAAACAGCUUUGUCGGAGAAAUACCAGACAUUUUCAGUAAUCUUACACAGCUGUAUCGGCUCAAUUUAAGUGAUAACCAGUUCUAUGGCAGGAUUCCGCAGAGCACAGGUGACUGUCAGAAUCUGGAACGGUUGGAUGUCUCUGGCAACAACCUCACAGGAAACAUACCCAAAGAGCUCUUCAAUCUCCGGCAUUUAACAUUUAACUUGACCUUAGCUCGGAACUUUCUUAAUGGUCCCCUGCCAAUUGAAGUGGGUAAGCUGAACAUGCUCGGUUUCAUGGACUUCUCUGAGAAUGAGCUAUCAGGGACUGUUCCUGUCUCCAUUGGCGACUGUUCAAGCUUACAAGGUCUGAACAUGGCCAGGAAUCGAUUCGAAGGCCUGAUAACGGAAUCAUUUAGCCGAUUAGGAACCCUUGAGAGCUUGGAUCUUUCAUUUAAUAAUCUAUCUGGACAGAUCUCAAUGGUCUUAGAGAAGCUCAGGUUUCUGCAGAACCUGAAUUUGUCUUUCAACAAUCUCCAAGCAAGGGUGCCGGUCCAAGGGGUUCUCAGAAACAUCAGCUGGGAAUCAUUGCAAGGAAAUAAGAGGCUCUGUAGUGACAGCAAGGAUACACAGAAGAAGCUGAAGCUGCCUGCAUGCAGCAAGCAUGGGUCUUCUUCUCUUAAGCUCAAAAUCAUUCUUCCAAUUGCUAGCUCUGCAGUACUUUUAUGUGUUCUCUUCUGUUUAAUAUCCAUAGCGAAUUCAAGGAGACAUGAGAGUGAUAUUAGAAGAAGUUCAUGGGGUGCUUCCUUCAAAGGUCGACAUUGGAAAAUAUCAUACCAAGAUAUUUUAUCUGCAACAAACAACUUUGACUCAGGGAAUUUGAUAGGUAAGGGAGGCUUCAGCUCUGUUUAUAAAGGAAUUAUUGGUGGUGAAAAUGAAAUAACCACCACCGUUACCAUUAAGGUGUUUGACCUGAAAAAAAGGAAAGCUUCUAAGAGCUUUGCAUUAGAAUGCAAGACUCUAAGGAACAUUCGGCAUCGAAACCUGGUCAAGAUCAUCACGUCCUGCACAAGCAUCGACCACAAUGGAGCCGAAUUUAAAGCUCUUGUUAUGGACUUCAUGUCUAAUGGCAGUCUGAAGGAGUGGCUGCAUCCGAAGGGGAGCGCGAGUAUGAUGAGAUUGAAUCUGCUUCAGAGACUGAACAUCAGUAUAGAUGUAGCUGCCGCCAUGGACUAUCUACACCAUGAUUGUGACCCACCUGUGGCCCAAUGUGAUCUGAAACCCAGCAAUGUGCUCUUGGAUGAUGAGAUGACUGCUAGUGUUGGGGACUUUGGAUUGGCCAGACUUCUCUUUCCUUCGGAGAACCAGAGUAGCACAGUCGAACUAAAGGGAUCCAUUGGCUAUAUUGCCCCAGGUUGAGUUCGGAUCCACAUCCUCAAACCAUUUAGAUAAAGGGUCCAAUUGGAUCGUGUAUCAGGUACCCAUAUAAAUAGUAUAAUAUUAUAUAUGGUGUAUCAGGUACCCAUAUAAAUAGUAUAAUAUUAUAUAUGAUAGUAUUAUGGUUACAAUGCCUGAGUCCUGUAAAUAAGCUUAUUGUAUAGGUCAUAUGGCCCCCGAAAAUUAGGUUGAUCCAACCAUCAUGUCGGCCAAUAAAUUAAAUUGGAGAUUUCCAUGGUUGUCCAUGUUUACUAUGAUGUGAUGUAUCUAAUGAUUGUAAAAGUUUAAUAUUAUUUGGAGUAUCCCAUCAUCGUGGGUGGAACUCUGGUAAUUCAUGAGUUGGAUAACAUAUAAACAAUGUGGUGAAGCAUAAAGAAGAACCAUGAGAAAACCUCCAAUUUCAUUUCAUGUGGUGCGACGUGAUGGGUAGAUUGGUAUAUUUUUUGGGAUGUCCAACUUUGAAGAUGGGGUAACCCGUUAAACUUUUUUGGAUUUCAUAAACACACUCGAGUUCAACUCACUCGCAAUAGAAAAACCUUACCCUAAAAGGACUUGCCCCAUCUCUACAAUGUGUAUGGCAUUAGGAGUAGUUUUAAAAUGGUCCAUAAAUCAGUCUAGGAGGAAAUCGGGAAAGGAUUUUUCCUAGGCAUGCAUACCCAUAUAAAGUUGGCAUUUACAGCGAGGAGAAGAUGGAAUGGCUUCUAACCUGAACAUGGAAGAGCAAUCUCCUAUGC